AUGCUGUUCCCGGAAGAGGAUGCGCCGCUGCUAAAGACCUGGAUCGUCAAGCGCAUUGAGAACACAUCCGAUGCGGACUCCGAUGUGCUUGCCGACUAUGUCAUUGCUCUGCUGAAACACGAUGGCGACGCCGAGUCGGUGCGGAAGCUUUGCGAAGCUGAGAUUCCCGAUUUCCUGACUGAAGAUCCAAAGACCUUUCUAGACGACGUCUUCCAAGCGAUCGCGUACAAGUCCUAUCGGCCAGGUGCUCCCCCGCCUCCGAAGCCUGUUGCCAGUGGAAGUGCCAGUGCCAGUGCCGGUGCCAUUGGCGCUUCAGAUCCUCCUCUGGCUACGCCCUCGAGCACAUACACUGGUGCGACGCACCCGCCGUCACGAAAACGAGGGCUACACGACGAUGGUGGAUACGACAGCCACGCGACCCAUGGCAGACACCAUAAGCAGCCUCGCCGAGGUUCAGCCCAUGGGAGGGCAGAUGACUCGGCAAUGGGCGGCUACGUGUCUGUGGACUCCAUGCCCGGCAUGAAGCACUUUGACCCGAAGAGCGCCCUCGAGACCAUCAUGCAGAUGCAGGCCAUGGGCAUUCCGUACCCUGGCAUGGCCGAGUUCAUGGCCCAGAUGCCUGCGGCAGGUGGGAGAAACUCGCAACGGCGGAGAGGGCGCUGCCGUGAAUUUGAUACCAAGGGGUACUGCUCUCGCGGAAACCAGUGCAUGUAUGAUCAUGGAAACUCUGUCUAUGUUCCACCCGUGUUUUCCGGAGUCGAGGAGUACGAUCCCAGCAACGCUGUGAUUGGAAUGGGCGCAAACCCCUACUCGUUCCCCAUGGACAUGAUGGGCCGUGGUCGAGGUCGAGGCGGUCGUGGUGGACGCGGAGGCCGCGGCGGCAAGAAAGGGGGCGCGCGAGCUCCCUUCUCGGCAGAGGGUCCCGUCAACGAUCGUACCAAGAGCACCAUUGUUGUCGAGAACAUUCCCGAGGAGAACUUUGACGAAGACCAGGUCCGCGCCUUCUUUUCGCAAUUUGGCGACAUUGUCGAUGUUCAGAUGCAGCCGUACAAACAUCUGGCGAUUGUCAAGUACGACAAGUGGGCAUCGGCGAAUGCAGCAUACCGGUCGCCCAAGGUGAUAUUUGAUAACCGGUUCGUCAAGGUGUUUUGGUACAAGGAAGAGGGCGCCAAGGCAACCUCUUUGGCGGCAUCGGGGAGUGGAAAUGGCGUGCCACCUCACUUGAACCGCGAUGGAUCUGCCGCGCCGGGUGCAGAGCAUGAGGCUGAUAUCGACAUGGAAGAGUUUCAGAGGAGGCAAGAGGAAGCGCAAAAGCAGUACCAGGAGAAGGAAGCCAAGCGAAUAGAGCUAGAGAGACAGCGUCAGGAAUUGGAAAAGAAGCAGCAGGAGCUGCUGGCGAAGCACAGAGCCGAAAGCGAGAGACUCAAGGCAAGGUUAGCAGAGAAGAGUGGCGCGACGGGAGACGGCAAAGCCUCUGGAUCUUCCUCGUCGACGGAGAUGCUGCGUGCCCAGCUGGCCGCAUUGGAGCAGGAGGCCAAGAUUCUCGGCAUCGACCCCAACGCGACAGAGGACGGAAGCGGCUACAGCUCACGAGGCCGGGGAUACAGGGGUCGCGGCCGGGGAAGCGAUCGGGGAGGUUUCGCGCCUCGCGGCCGCGGCUCGUUUAGAGGCCAGGUGGGAAGACAUGCGGCCUAUGCACAGUAUUCACUGGAUAACCGGCCGAGGAAGCUGGCCGUCACCGGCGUUGACUUUACGCCUGCGGACAAGGAUGAGGCUCUUAGGCAUUUCCUCCUGAACCUGGGCGAAUUCGAGUCCGUGGAAACCACGCCUUCCGUUACGUACGUAUCGUUCCAAGAUCGCAAGACUGCCGAAAAGUUUUACUAUAGCCUGCAUGGAAAAGAACUGCCCGGCGUGAGCGGCACGCUGGACCUCGCUUGGGUCAAUACCCCGUUGCCGCCCGUCGGAUCCACCAAGAAGAACGAGGAGCCGGAGGAGGAUGGCGAUGCCAUGGCUGGGAUGAACGACAACAACGACGAUGACGGGGCUGCGGAUGCUGGCUCGCUGGGGGAGCACAUGCGGGAGCGGCAGGUUGACAUGGAUUAUGAUGUUGGCGAGGAGGAAGAGGGAGAAUGGGUUGAAUAA